AAACCGAUACUCGAUACGUAUUUAUGAAGAUUAUCUAACCCGUAACACACUUGUUAGGAUUCGUCUACUUCCUGAUAUGAAACGGUUACAGAUCUUAAACUUAAAUGGAUUAAAUUCUCAGUUAUAAUGUCUUAGACGUGAAAAAAAUAUGGCUUCACAGAGUGCUAAAAUCCAGUGGCUGAACAGACAACUAGACGCGGCUAAAAUAGAAAUAGAAAGCAACUGUGUAUUCGAUGACCAUUGCCAGCACAGCACCAUUAAACAUAAAGGCAUUUUUGACGCUGAUGACCCGUAUGAUAAACCUGAGGACUACGAUCGGAAUCCUAUUUAUUCGAGAGAUUUUCGGGAUGGGGAAGGCAACGUGAAUGUGAUGAUAUAUGGACCAGUGGAAAGGGAAGACGAACAGAUAAGAAAAGACGACAAAGACGUUCAUAUUCACAUGAGGACCAAUUUCUUUCAACUUAUACAUUUUGAAGACGAAGACGAUUAUCUGCAUUGUUUUCCAAAUGGCUUUGAUGUUGAAAUGAAGUCCUACGGACCCUAUACGGUAUACUCUUUGGCCAAAGACGUCAAAUUCCAUUCUCAGAAAGAGUCAGAUCCAGAAUAUAUUCGAAGAGCUAGAAUCCACGAAUCACUUAUGCGUGAUCGCCGUCCGACGAUAUUACCUGAGCAAGUUGCGACUGCGCCUCCACCCUGUUCCCGCGGCCCAGCCCAGUGUCCUAGUGCUGAAACGAGUAACGCACCGUACUUGGAUCUUGAGGCAUACAACCGACCAAAUGAUAAUAAAAGGUUAACUAUCAAGUCCAAAAACAAUACACGUGAAAAUAUGAAAGCAAUUUUGAAAAAUACAGAUGUUCAACGUUUUAUACGAGAAAGUCGAGGAAAUGCUGUCGAUAUUUUUGCUUGUCAUUGGGAGUAUAGAUGUCACCAUAACGUUGAUUUAUACCGAUUUAGCUGGUUCCACGGUGAUGUUAGUAAGGAUGAAGCCAAGGCGAGACUCAGAGGAAAACCGGCUGGUACAUUUCUGAUAAGGAAAGCUUCCUCAAGUCCACCUAACACAGACGCAACUUAUAAAACAGCAUACGCUAGUGGUGCCAAUCCAGUUCUGCCUGCUAAUGCUACACAAGAAUAUACGAUGGACUUUAUAGAUGACAACGGAAGACACCAAAAGCUAAGGAUUAUCAAACACAAUGAAAAGUAUCAGUUCAUUGAAUCUAAGGAAAAGAAUUUUUCAGAAAUUUGGCAGCUGGUUAUGGUUGUCAUGGUUAUUGGGAUUGAAAUCAAGGAUAAAAAGAGCUCUUCUGGCUGGAAAAGACUGGAUGUGAAACCAUUACGGAAUAAACUGUUACCACCCUAAUGCAUUGUGUGAUUGUAUGAUAUUGCACGUCAUCAGUAGUGUAUGAUUCAUAAGGUAAAUAUAGUGUUUCGGCGGGUGCAAAAAAAAUGUAUUUCUAAAUAUGACUUGCAGGAUGACAUUUUAAAUGUUUUUAAAUUAACGUGUAGACGAGAUUUACUUGCUAUUUACACGCUUAUGUGCUAGAGGGAGCAACAGACGUAAUAUAACAGAGAUUUUAGGAAGCGUGUAUGUGUAUACGUGACAAAUUGUGUAAAAAUUAUAUAUGAUACAUUAGUAAAGAUCAAAAAGAUUUUGAUUGAUAUGCACCAUCAUUUCAUUUAAUUGUUUGUACAAAACACACAUUUGCGCGUAACUGUUAGACAUUUCUAAUACUAUACUUCAUUUUUGUUGUGUUUACUAUACUUAGAUAUGUAUGAUUUUGCUGAAUGUGUACUCGGUGUUUUCAAAUGCUAUAUAAUAAUGAUUAUAAUCUCCUAUAAACA